AUGGUUGCGGAACAUACAGUACUGGACCGGCAUCACGCCCCUGGAGGAACUGUUUCGAAUAACGCAAGAUACCCGCCCCGUCUCACGUCCCUCGGACAAGAAAAAAAGCCGAGGCUACUACAGAACGGGCGGAAAACAACAAACAACUCAAAUUUAAAAGUCUGUCCUCCAACUUCGAAUUUGUUCCCAUUGGACCCUACUAUACUCUUGAGACUGCUUUUCUGCUUGUUUAUCGUCAAAGAAGCCUUUUGCACAGAUCCAGAAGUGGUCGUGCUGCGAGCUGUGCGCGGCAGGGACGCUCGUCUGCCCUGUGGCCAAGGAAAAGUGUUUCUAGAUGGCCCAGACUCUUAUGUACUCUGGCUGAAAAAUGACAGGGAUUUUUUGUAUCGAUUUCCUAAUGAAGAUUCUGAGAGAAGGUUAAUAAAUCGAGAUCGCAUCUACGGUACAUCGUGCGACACUGGAACCUGUUAUGAUGAUACUUCAUUACUCUUGAAAAGGGUCACUGAGGCAGAUAGUGGAAUAUACAGGUGUAGGGUUCAUUACCAAGCGUCUCCAUCUCUUGAUUUUGUCAUUGAUAUAAGGUUGGUCGAUUCGCCGGGGUUGCCUCGAAUAAUCAAUGAAGCAGGCAAUGAAAUAAAGAGGGGCUACGUGGGACCACUGAGCCUAGGGUCCGAUUUGACUUUAAUUUGUGAAGUUGAUGAUGACCAACCAGACACUCUAGUCUACUGGCGUCGGAACGGAGUGAUAAAAGAGCGAGCCCAUACUAUACGUCCUGGAGUACUGCGAGCUGAUGUACACGUUCACAACGCAACCCGAGAUGAGCUUGAUGCACAUUACGAGUGCCUUGCACAAAAUGCCGACGUCACAGAGCCGCUAAGCGCAAGCGUAGUCGUCAAAAUGUAUCUGCCGCCUAUUAAUGUGGAAAUUCGUUUAAACAACAACUUUGACUUCGAGGCGGGACAACCUCGUGUUGUGGAUUGUGUGAUCGUGGGGUGUGUCCCACCACCAUCAAUAACAUGGCACCUUGGAGACAUUCUACUAAGACCUAGUGUUCAUAAGGAACUUCAUGAUGGAAACUACACUGUAUCAUCAUUAACACUGGCGCCCUCGCUUCGGGACACCAAGCAUGACCUCGUCUGUCGCGCACACAAUUCUCAUUUACCAAAUGGAGUGUUUGAAGACAAAGUCACAUUGAAUGUUGGAUUUCGUCCCUUAUGUAUUUCAACAAGGGAAGAAACUAUAGGAGCUGUGGAGCGAGAGGCUGAAACUGUGGUCUGCAUUGUUGAAGCAUCACCAGAACCUUUACAGUUUAGUUGGACCUUUGCGGACUCUAGAACACUAUACACUAGUGUCAGGAAGCUACCAGGACAUACAAACAGGUACUCGUCUACAUUGACCUGGCUUCCUAGGGAGAGUGAUAUUGGUAUUCUGCUUUGUCGGGCAACGAACGCGUUUGGGGAACAAAAACGUCCUUGCUCAUAUACGAUAUCAACUGGCGGCCCGCCACGGGCACCUGAUUGCGUCGUACUACGCUCUUAUCCACACGCCAUCCGUAUUCACUGCCAAAAAGGUUGGGAUGGAGGCAGAACACAAACUGUGUACUUAGAACUGCUGAACGCAGACGGUACCUUGGUUCACAAUAUUUCAAAUACGGCUGGACACUUUCAACUCCCUGAUAUAGAAGAUGAAAGGAAUUUGACAGCUGUAGUGUACGCCGCAAAUUCUAGAGGACGAAGUGAACCCAAAACGUUACAUCUUCAGACAAUAACUCCUAUUAGUGCGUCAGCCGUUAAGAAGUCCCAAACGCCUAGUUGGGCACCCUGGCUUGAAGGAAUAGCUAUAGUAGGAGUAAUAGCAGCCGCAAUUACUGGCUCAGCUGUCUGCUUCAAAGUAAUCCGAAGGAAGAAAGAUGCAGUCGAACACAAUCCCGAUUUAGUACCUCGAUCUGAUGGCACAUUUCACCGAGAACCCGACUUUACCCGGGAAGAACGUCUUCUUGGUACGACAAAUAUAACAGUUAAUCAACUUGCGUCAUGUCAAAAUCAAUACACGCCUUCGCCCGUACCUUCUUGCAGAGUGCUAGUUGGUUGCAGUCAUCCACCGCCUCAAGAUUCAUGUCCCGCAACUCAACACUCCUAUUUUGUUUAAAACAAUAAGAUAUAUAUUUGCAUACUACUUAGACUUUCACAGCCGUAGUCAGAGUCGUCCAAUAAAUUGUCUUUACAUUAAUAGUUAUGUAACUAAGAAACUAUGUAAUUCAACUAUAUACUUAAGAGGCAAUAAACGGUUGAUUUAGGGGCCUAGAAACGGUAUGAUUGGACUAAAUAUUUAAACUUUUAAUGAACGACUGUGAUUUUAGUUGCCCGUUCUUACUCCGUAUUUUGUGUCACUUGUAUAAUAUAAUUUAUACCAUGACAUUUGAGUAGGCUUUAAGAUUAAGCUCCAUAUAUCAAAUUUAAAACCUUUUUUACAUGCUGGAGUAUUUUUUACAUAACUUAGCUAAGACUCUGAAUCUUGCAUUAAUACAUUUAAAAUUAUUUAAGUGACAUACUUCAUGACAUAGUUUUAGACCCAAUAUCAACGGUGUAUGCUAAUGGUGCAGACCUAUUAGCCUUCUCGUGGUAUUAAUUUUUUUACUGUUAUAAAUGGAAAUGAAUAUUUCAAUAUUCAUUGGUCAAUAUCCAAUAUGUACGCACUUAAUAAAUUUUAUACUAAAAUAUUUCAAAAUGGUAAAAUUUGUUGCCUGCGUAUAAAAAUCCAAUCAUAUACGUAUGUAUUCAAUAUACUUAAUAAGU